GCGGAGCAUACAAUGUGACAACAAACAACAUUUUCCAAUGAGGACCCAACAAGGACUGUAACAAACCAGGAGAUCAAAUGCCCAUGAUUAUAAAAUCUAAUUCCCAUGAUUAUGAAAUCAAAGACAGCUGUUCAGAAUACCAGGUGAGGGAAAGCUUUGAUCAGACCAGACGAAACUAAUUAGUGCACUGGAUUAUCCAAGUGAGACAAUUCAGAUUUUUUUGCUCUCAAACGGCAUCGUGGUAGUUUAAAGACAGUAUGAGUAUCGCGGCUGAACUAGAAUUAACCGGCCAAUUGCGAACAGAUUACAGUCGGCGACAGCAGCAGAGCACAGCACAUCUAGCAACUCAUUCCAACGGAAAAGUGUGACGCCUAGUGUUCUUAUCGGAAAAUGGCCAUUGUCAAGGCUGAAGCUAUAUUUCGAAGUCGGCUGCAUGCCUCAGGCAACGCAAUAAAAGUAUUACUUUGCCACAAUCUUGUGACAUCUUAGUAUCAAGGAACUAUGUUGAAAUGAGUUGAAGAGUUUCAUUUCGACAACCAUAGAAGUAUUGAAUGAAAAUCUGCAAGUAAUUGACACCCCCAUAAAAGGCUUAGAAUUGCAUAUAGAUGCCACAAGUUGUAGGCCAGGGGUGUCAAAGUCAUUUGUGUCACGGGCCACAUUGUAGUUAUGGUUUCUCUCAGAGGGCCGUUAAGAUUUUGAAAUCAUAGAAAUAUUGAAUCACCUCCUUAUAUUAUUACAUAGACAACAAAUUGAUAGAUGAAUAGUUUGGAAAUCGAAAUUCAAGGGCAAUACUUUGUAACUAUUGUUUAUGUUACUGUAUUGUAAAAAGAGGUUUGUAACAAAAACAUGGUUGGAAAUAUUUAUUCCAUAUGACAAUUAAUUUUUUCUACAGAUUUUAGCAAGAAUCAUGGCAGUUCAAGCACAUGAUUUGCUUUCGUGGGCCACAUAAUAUGAUGUGGUGGGCCAGAUCUGGCCCCCGGGCCUUGAGUUUGACACCCGUGUUGUAGGCAAAGCACUAAUAUUGUCAAAAUGAAACUCCUCAACUCACCUGUAAGAAACACACAUAAAACAAGUAGAAAUAAUUUUUAAAAAACAACGUCCAAGUCUACGUGUCGAACAGGAAUGGGACAGUAAGUUAAUUAAAAACAGGUCAUACGUAUUAAAACAGUUUAACCACAAUAUGAUUACACCAAUAACUUUGAGGCCAAUUAUUUCAAAGUUAAAGAACCUGGAAGUAAAACAUUCAACGUAGAACAGCGUUACCGGUGGUAUGCAUAGUAGGUGAGAGAAUAAUAUCUGUAUUGAUUUCUCCAUCCAGCAUCCGUGCGUCCUGAAAGCAAGCAGACAAAGAGUGAGAGAAAGGGAGAGAGCGUUUGCCUUUGGGCCAUUCCCAACAGUUUCAUAUGUGAUUGGUUCAUACCGGACCACAUGGCUCUUUCUCAUGCCCGUCUAUGGAACUCGGGGUGGAGUAAUGGAAAAGGAUCACCAAGGAGGCAAGAGGGGAGAGUGGCGGACGGUUCACUCUGCAGGGGACUGUGGAGGAGAGAGUCAGAGGACAUAGUGAUAAAUAGACUUGUCACCAUGGUGGUCGAUGAGUUGAAGUGGACAGUCAAGCCGAUUAUUAUUGUUGGAUAUGUUUAUUACAGCUGACAACGUUAAACCAUUAAGUCCACUUAAGAUAAUAGCUUUGCGCAACUAGAUUUUCUUUGAAGAGGCAAAUGGGAUUCGCCAGUGGACCUUCACCUCACUCAGUGGAAGUUCGAAUACUUUGUGUAGUCGAGGCGACUGUAGCUGAUAUUUGCAGCUGAGGGACCCCAGCUGGAGGCAUCGCUUGGUUACUUCCUGACACUGGAGGAAAAAGUUACUAAAAAUGUCACAACGAUGUAACCUGAAGAGCCUUACAGCAGCUCUUUGCUGCUUCUACCACAACAACUCUGUCAUUAGUGCAAAGUUUUCCCAGGAUCAGUUCAUCCUGGACGGUCCAUCAGAGAAGCUUCGCAGAGAGCUCGAGGAAGAACUGAAGAUGAACUGCGAGGAGCCGAGAAGUCAUGCUUGGUACCAUGGUGCGAUACCCCGGCAGGUUUCUGAAAACUUCGUACAGCGAGAUGGAGAUUUCCUGAUUCGUGAUUCAUUGUCCAGUCCUGGAAGUUACGUUCUGACAUGUCAAUGGCGAAAUACGGCACAGCAUUUUAAAAUUAACAAAAAGGUUGUGAUGUUGAACGAAGCCUAUUCCAGGGUUGAGUAUCGUGUGGAGCGAGAAGGUUUUGACAGUGUUCCCGCUCUAAUAAGAUAUUAUGUCGGGAACCGAAAACCUGUCUCUCAGGUGGUAGGCGCCAUUAUAUUCCAGCCCAUCAACCGCACACUGCCAUUGCGCUGCUUGGAACAGAAGUACGGACUGUCCAGUAACCAUCGAGAGUCAGGACUGAUCGAACAGGAACGGCGGCGUCAGAAGCGGCUAAGCCUCAACAUUACCAACGGACAAAUACAAGAGAACACACACAGCAUACACGAUGGCGCCCACUACCACAAUAAUGGCAUGGGUAGAGGAAGCCAGCUCAGGUUGAAGGAUCGUUGCGGCAGUCAACCAGCAAGUCUAAAUCAACUCCCAGAGAAGCGGCGGCCACUGAAAGCGCACCAAUCAGAGAGCUUUCUACCACUUGGAUCCAGACCUCAGAACCACCAGCCCUCAGACCCCCUUCCCCUCAGCCCAAAUGCCAAGUCUCCUGUGUUCCGGACAGGCAGCGAGCCAUUGCUGAGCCCGUCAGUCCCACGGCGGUUGGCAGAGCCACUAACAGGUCAACCAAUCCGGGGCUCUGACAGCCAGCUGUGUCCUAAACCUCCCCCCAAACCCAGCAAAGUUCCACUGACACGCUUGCCUCGCUUCCCCUGCCUUCAGCUUCCAGGUCCCCCCUCGAGCUCCACGCAGCCCACUUCCGCCAGCCUGUCUUUUCCCACCCUGGACUCCACAUGUGAGGAAACUCCUGUUUGUCCAUGGAGGAUGGGAGGUCUGCCGAUGAAGUGUAUCCAUGCAGACCUGCAACGCUCUUCCAGCUGUGCACUUCCACAGAUUCAGUAUCCCGACUCUGAGGCGAUACCAGGACGAACUGAAUGCCUGGCACCCGCUCCCGCAGACCUUAGGGCCUGCAGCCCGCUGGAACGGAAUGACCCAAACCCUCCAAACUUUAUCCCAGACAACGCCCAUGAACUUGAGCAGCUGUCAUGCAGCUAUGUUGAGAGAUUGAGGCAAGAGGGCGGCGACGGAGAUGAGGUGGGAGGGCAGAGAGGACUGGACAGAAGCUCCUACCAUCACGCCAUUGAGGCGUUAGAAAACAGCAGCGAGGAAGAAGAGGAGGGCACGGGGAGGGAGGAGCAAGAGGACGAGAAGAGGAACGUGUUCCUAAGGCCGGUGGUGGAGACGGAGUCAGCGUUCCGGCCAACGGAGUUCAACUCUCGACUGCUACCCGCCGAAAAUAAACCGCUGGAGAUGUUGGUCUUGAAGAGAGCCAAGGAGCUGCUGCUGAGCCACAACCACCACAGUAUAGCCAGACACCUGCUAAUGGCCGACUGCCAGGUGGCAAGGAUACUCGGAGUGUCGUCUGAGCAGAGAGGUCAGAUGGGCGUUGCUUCUGGCCUGGAGCUGAUCACCCUCCCACAUGGUCAACAGCUGAGGCUGGACCUGAUGGAACGACACCACACUAUGGCUAUAGGCGUUGCCGUGGAUAUUCUGGGGUGCACGGGCAGCGUGGAGGAGCGCGCGUGCACUUUGAAUCGCAUUGUCCUGGUCGCGUUGGAGCUGAAGGACACUGUCGGUGACCUAUUUGCGUUCACCGCCAUGAUGAAAGCUCUGGAACUGCCCCAGAUCAGUCGUCUGGAGGAAACGUGGACGACUCUGAGGAGGAACUACACACAGACUGCAAUCAGCUAUGAGAAAACUCUCAAACCUUUCUACAAGAAUCUCUACGAGGGAACAGCCUCCUGUCCUGCUGUGGUGUGCGUUCCCCUCCUGUUGCCUCUUCUCACCUUGCUGGAGCGUCCAUCCGUCUCACCGGAGGGGGCGGAGCUGUGGGAGACCAGUGACCAGGGCUGUGACAUCAUGCUGCGUCACCUCGAGGCUGCACGCGACGUGGCACAUCAUGCACAAAGCUACACUGAGAAUGCAACGACAAUCAUGCAUGGUUUCCAGUGUGAUGAAGACCUGCUGGAGGUGUUCAAGACGGACUUUCAGCUACGGCUGCUGUGGGGGAGUCGCGGCGCUUCGGUCAACCAAUCGGAUCGCUACAGCAAAUUCAAUCUCAUCCUCAAUGCCUUGUCAAGGAAGUUGGAGCCCCUACCCAAAAUACACACUUUAAUUUGACGUCCAAUGGACAACAACAUACAGAAUGUAUAGGCCUACAGACUGCUUCACUUUAGCCGUGUAACCUGAUAUUACAAAGAAAUAUCAAGUAGUAACAUGGUCGUACAAAAGGGAAGAGAUACAACACUCAUUAGCAAAUAGGAUAAGGGAGACUCUUGUCUGACCAGGGUCCAUUCUUGUCUCUUUCUAUACGUUUUUUACAGGUCAUUUUCGUCUAAUUUGAUCAAUAACAGGAGACUCUUGUAAAAAGACAAGUCUUAAUUUUGCCAUUUUUUUUGUGUCCCCAAUGCUGAAACUGCCACACUUAGUCCUAUUCUGCCAAAAAUAUUGAUAAUUUAAAAUUUUAGGCAUUUAUAGUUCAAGCAAUCUUUAUUGACAGCGAAUGGCGGUGGCCCACUGAAAUAACAUUUGUUGCAUGAUGGUAAAGACAUAACCAGCUUCAUAGAAAUCGUGUGAGUUGCACUUCAAACAAUGCUGAUACAAGUGCAUAUGUGAUCCUAACUACCCAUUAAACCCAUGAUACUCUUUAUCUUUAUUCAAGUGAAAUAACGGUAAAGACACGCAAUAGUUCAGACACGUUCACAAAUUCCUACAUAUUCAUUGAUAUCUCAGAAAUAACACCAUUUAUGUUGCUGUCUACCAUUGUGUGAAUGCUAAAUGGCUGCCUCGUCCAGACACUUCAGUUUACAGAUCCCUCUGGUUUAAUGCCACAAAAUAAUUAGGCUCGCUCAAGUGGCGUUAACAGUAAAGACAACUUCAGUGGAAAAGAAGGACCGUUUGUAAAAAAACCAAAGAAAAAGGUACUCUGAAGACUAACUAAGUUGUAUUUGUGUUAGUUGUCAUAGAGAAAGCAUAUUUAGCAAUAGGAGAAAAAUCCUAUAUAUCAAAAAAUUUAACUAGCAUCUUCUGAAACUUCAUUUUGGACAUCUAACGGUAAAGACAUUUUGGCAUUAAAAGUAAAAAAAAAUAUUACUUUAGAAUGACUUUUUUUUCCCUGAGAAACAAUUUUGACCUUUUGAUGGAUAACAACUGGGAUUAAUUCAAAUACUCAUAACAGUAUUAUUUUUUUCAAAAGGAAAUUCACUGGCCCAUGUCUUUGCCAUUAUUGAUCAAAUUAUAUGAAAAUGGCCUUUACAUCUUGUGAGGAGCCCAGCAUAUCUACACUACAUACAGCCAGACAAUAACACUUACAUAAUAUUCAAACACACUUAGAUAUUCAUUUUGAAAGGUUGUAAACUAAAACCUGUAAAUACAAAUUCAUUGCCACUCAAUGAUGCAACGUACCGUUACUAUAAAAUGGUAUUUCAGCGAGAUUGAUCUUGUGGUAGCUAUUGUGAGCAUAAUGAACUGUGUCAAUGUUCAUCAUUUCCACUUUGAAUGUCAUGUAUACGUUGUGUUUCACAAAAUAGUUUUCCUUCCAUCCCUUCAAAAAUUUGUCAGAAGUAGCCAGAUUAAGAAAUGCUUUAACUUGAUCAGCACUUGUGGGUUGUAAAUUUACAAAGACGCUUGUGCGUGUUUCCAGACAAGAGCUUUGAGUGCCACAGCCCCUUAAAGGCAGUAUGAUGAAAAUGACGAAGAAACUUUUUGCACUUUUUUUUUUUUUUUUUUUUAGAGAGCAGAUGUAUGUGUAUAAAGUCUAUAGAAGUAACUAAUUAAACCAGACAAAUAGUUCUUCAUUGCAGUCUCUUGACACAAAACCCUUAAAACUAAAUGGGCCUCAUAUAAAAGUGGGCUACAGUGACCUUUUAGGCUGCUUAAUAAGUUAAACUACGUCAAUAGUUCAAGUCAAAAUGUCUAAAAAAAUGUGUUUGUGUGUAAAUGUAAAGAUGCACACAAGUAUUUUAAUCUGUCACUGAAGUUGUACAUAUUGUAAAGCAUUGACCCCUUUGUUUUGUAUAUAAUUGAGGAAGAGGAAAAAAUGUCAAUGAACUUGAAUGUCUAUAUUCUGAACUACCGUGGUCAGUUUAAUACAUAUGGUACAUGUUCUGUGGAGUUUGUAUUUGCAUACAUCACAGAGGUGCAUAGGUUGGAAAUGUUCGCUCCAAAAAUAGUACAUGAAUUUUGAUAUGAAAUAAAACAAUCAAGUAAGUAA